AUGCCAGGCCAGAUAAUCAGCAUUCCGUUUUUGUCGCAGAACGAAGACAUGGAUAAAUACCUGCUGGAGUAUCGCAGUUUGAAGCUACUUCACCAGCCCAGUAAUUCCUUCCAGUCUCACAAUGCCCCCUCUCACCAGUCAAGCUACCAUUCGCAUUACAAUCACAUCAAAUACAACAACACUGGUAGCUACUACUACUACAACAACAACAACAACAACAGCAGCAGUGCGAACCCUCAUAUCCAGGCUGGUCUACAGUCUAUUAACAGAUCUAUACCAUCAUCUCCAUACGGGGCUUACAAUCACAAUAGACCUAAUGACGUACCAUAUAUGAACAACCAAAAGAAACAUCACAGAUUCAACGCCAACAAUAACUUGAAUCAACAGAAGUAUAAGCAAUACCCUCAGUAUUCCUCUAAUCCCGCGGUUACUGCGCAUCUGAAGCAAACAUACCCUCAAUUGUAUUACAAUAGCAACGUCAAUGCUCACAACAGCAACAACAGCAACAAUAACAGCAACGCCAACAAUAUUCUUUACAACCAGACACAAUUCUCUACAAGGUACUUCAACUCAAACUCCUCCCCCUCGUUGGCCUCUUCCACCUCGAACUCAUCCUCUCCGUACAACCAAAGCAGCUUUGAUUACAUCCUGCCAUCAACGACAAAUCUAUCGUCGUCAUCAUCAAACAACUCUACGCACACCAACCCGACCACUGCAACAUCCACGUCCGCCGACUUAAUCAAUGAUUUACCCAAGGGCCCUACGUCCAGUUCGCUCAUCUCUGAUUUGCAAUCUCCGCCUGCUGUGCCUUUCCUACCAGCCAGCCAAACCCUGCUCAUGUCCUCCGCCACAUCUUCCUCCAUUGGCACCAACAUAAACCAAACGCAACCUUCACCAUCUCCAUCGCAGAGGGAAGAUUUUGCGACGGUACCAGUGAACAUGUCGUCGUCCGCGUCGCUCUUGAUGAAUGAUUCUUCUUUGGGAUGGGGGUCUAACCACAUGAAUGUAUCUUCAUCUUCUCAACCAGCAUCGUCAAGACCCUUUGGCAUUUGGAAUACUGACAUGAGCGUUUGGAGUUAA